AGUGCCAGGAACCUCAGACCCUUUUAUAGCUGGACAGAGGGCCCCCUGAGAGGGGCAGAGACUUGAUCAAAAUCUGACUCCUGUCUGACUUCCCCCGUCUCCCCUGCAUCGUUAUAUUUUGGGGGGUUGUUUACUGAGGGGUUCCUGACUAUGUACACUUCAGACCCAAGGCUCAGUGACCUGGUGCUAGGCCUGUUCUGCCGCCAUCUAGCUGUGUGUCUUUGGACGGAUUUAUGUCCUCCGAUUCUCAGCUUAUAAAAUGGGCUGUGUGAAUAUUAUGGUUUCUGAAACACCUGUUCAUUUUCUUUUCAUUUUCUUGAUGAAGCAGUAGGUCCUUGGAAAGAGGGUGUGCCUCAUCAAGGCCCCAGUCUUUCGCUUCCUUCAGGAGAGGUCAAACUCUCUGAAUUUUUGGUAACUGAGUCACUAACUCCCUGUGGCUACAAAUGGGCUGGGAUUUGUGGCUUGUGCUGGGCGGGCACUGAUUGAGGGUGACCCAACCUUUCAUAAUCCCUGAAAAUCUACCACCGGGGAGGCCAACACCCAGGCACCACUUCCUUCUGGAGCCCACUGUGGGGUCUGCAAAUGUAUACAUACUCUCAGGGUGUAGACCCUAGGUGAUUCUGUGACAAGUGUGAAAAAUAUACCCAGGAAUUGGAAGAGGUGCAACAACCAUAGAAAUACCCCAGGUUUCUGCACUGCCAUAGACCAUCCCCUUCCCCCAGGCCUCUCUGCUCCCCGACCAUGCUUCAGCGCCUCACCAGCCUCUUCUUCAGUCCCCCACCACCUGCUGCUGAGGACCCCGACUGCCCCCAAGCCUUCGUCUCCGAGGAGGAUGAAGUGGAUGGCUGGCUCAUCAUUGACCUGCCCGACAGCUUCACAGCUCCACCCAGACCCGGGGCCGCCACUGCCCCGGCAGGCCGCCCUCCGCCCGCACCCUCCUUGAUGGAUGAAAGCUGGUUUGUUACCCCUCCGGCCUGUUUUACUGCAGAGGGGCCUGGACUCGGGCCUGCUCGCCUCCAGAGCAGCCCCCUGGAGGACCUCCUCAUCGAGCACCCCAGCAUGUCCGUUUAUGUGACCGGCAGCACCAUAGUGCUGGAGCCUGGCCCUCCCUCCCCGCAUCCAGAAGACGACGACGCUGCCCAGCCGGACCGAGACUCUAGCGACGGGGAGCUGGCGCCUCCUCGCCGCGAACCCCGGGCCCUGCACCACGCCGCCCCUCUGCCCGCGCGGGCUGCGCUGCUGGAGAAGGCGGGCCAGGCAAGGCGGCUGCAGCGGGCCCGGCAGCGGGCUGAGCGCCACGCGCUGAGCGCCAAGGUGGUGCAGCGGCAGAACCGCGCUCGCGAGAGCCGUCCACGCCGGCCCAAGCACCAGGGCAGCUUUGUCUACCAGCCCUGCCAGCGCCAGUUCAACUACUGAGUUCCACUGGCCGUGCUGCAAGCCCCUCGCUGACUCCCGACCCCAUCCAGCCCCUCCGCCGCAGCCAGAUCGAGGGGGCGCCUGCAGCCCACCUCGGACUGGACACCACAGCCUCCCUUCUUAAGUGUGUGAGGUGGGCUGAUCGCCUCUCUCUCCCACUCCUACUUCCCUUUCUCUGAUCCUCUAUUCUGCCUCUGAACACACCCCUCACCCCGCUCAGUAACCGCCCCCCACCCCCCCCCCACCCCAGCCCCGCUCCGUUCACCCUCUCACCUUCUGGCCCCUUCUGGCAUCUAAUCCUCCAUCUCCCCCACUGACAGUCGGUCUUUCCUUCUCUGGUUCCCCUUCUGGAUCUUUGCUCUGACACUCUCCAUCCCCGUCUCUCCAGUCCUCUAUAUCCGGCUCACUCCUGUUUCUGAGAGUGUCUUCUUCCAGUCUCGAAUCUGGCUCAUUUCCUACCUUCAGCUCUCACUUUACAAGCCUCGCUCUAUCUAAUGUUUGGACCUGCAUUCACUCCUGCCCCCUUAUUAAUUACUCAGUGAUUCUCCCAGUGAGACUAGAGGGAAGCCUUCAGUCUUCCCUCUCCUCUGGAGGCUGGGCUCCUUGGAGUUGCUCAGGCAUGGACAGGUAAGGUAUGUGGGAAGGGACUGUGAGAUGUGAGUUAGUGGGAGAAAGUGGAGGGAAUCGAGGAAAAGAGGAAACCUAUUGGAAAGGUAGUCAGGACAGACAGGUUGAGAUGCUGUAGGGAGCAGGGCACAAUAGGGGCUCGCACUGUGCUUGCUCAGAGAGGCCGUCUUGCUCUCAAGCUGGAGCCCGGAGUCUACGCCCUCAUCCCUUUUCUGUAAUUCACCUCCCAAAUCUCUUCCCGAAAUCAAACCCUCUGCAGAUCCCUGUCUGAAGGGCUUAGUUAGUACCUUGCUGCCCUUACCUGCAACAUGUCAACUUAGCAGUAAAGGCUGGGCAAAGCCCUGCCAUCCUAGAUAUCUGUUCAUAUGCCCAAGGUGCUAGAACUAGUUUAGGAGAGAUGCAGGCUGGAGGGAUUCUAGGCAGGGGAAGGACACACCCCAGAAUAAGAACGCAGAAUGGUAAUGCUGGGGAGGACAAGCUGUGGGGUGAAGCCAUCCCCAAAAUGGCAGCUCAGCCUUUAUCUUGCCUCUGGCCUGGUAUUUCACACUCUGCCAGGAUGGCUAAUGGUAGGAGGCCAGGAGCCCCACUGCCCCAAUCCCCAUAGUCCCUACCCAGGUUCAGGGCCUUUAGGGAGGGCUCUCUCCAUUUCUAGGCUGCUGGGGAGAAAUAGGUACCCUAUGGUUUCCUCUUGCCUUCUCCUCCGCUAAGUACCUGGGAGAGGGAACCUGGAUACCUGAUGAGACACAGGGGAUAGGGCAGUCAGCUUUCUCCUUCUCACAGCAGGAUUGAAUUUUGGGCUCAGACACCAGCAAUAGCCUCUUGGGAUGCCCCGAGUUGCUUCUCCUUUCCUCUUUCUGUCCUUUUCUAGUGUGUGCUCUUUCUUCCUUGAAACUUUUAAUAUUUCCUGUUACAUACUAACAUAGGUCUUCCCCCUCACUCCAGUUCUAGGUUUCUAGGCCUCGUGGCCAAGCUGAAGUUUAGAGAAACCUCUGCAGUGCCAUGAGGGCAAAGGCAGCUGUCCUCCCUGACUUGCUAACCCUAGGCCUCAUGGCAGGGUAUAUGGAUAAGGGAGAGGGUAGCCCUACAGAUGUUGGGAUGGGGACAGACAAAGCCCUGUUGGGGUCUCUUACCCAAGGAAUAGGCCACAUUUAUAAUAUAAAAGCAGUUCAAAGUCCCCAUACUGGUCCACUAGGGCUCCAGUAGUUGACAGCUUUGCUCCUCUCCCCAAGGUUCUCCUUCAGUUACAACCUAGUCUCUUUGAUUCUUCCAGCUACUCCUUGGUUACAUCACAGCCAGCUUAGGGUCUUCAGCACUUCAAAGAGCUGAAACUCCCUCCGGCGCUUCUUGCCUACUCUUUCGCUGCCGGCUGGAGCUUAGGCUCAGUUCUGGGCAGUGCUGUUCACAACCCUUCUGUGGGGGAAAAGUGAGUUAGAGCAUUUGGCUCCAGUUUUGGAAGGUCCCUACCUUACCCAUAAUUCUAAAGGCUCCUGUAGUUCUAGAACCCUCCAAUAUCAUCACCUAGCUGGUUUUUACUUUUCCUAUAGAUUUCUGUAGCAUUUGAGUGUGGCAAUAUUUUAAUUGUGUAUAGAUCUCUAAGAACCAACACUAGUUGGUCUCCUGUUAGUCUGACUCCUGAAGCAUCAGACCUUAUCAUACUGUACUGACUGUGUAUGUGCCUUUCACCUUGAGCAUGCUUCAGGAUUUUUUUUUUUAAACCACGGAACUUGAAUACAUGAGGGAACCAGAACUCACAAAGUCCUAUGCAACCUCAGACAGGAGGAGGUUAGAGAGUCUGUCCUUAUGGAUGUUUUCAGAGACCCUGGAGAAAUCUGUUCCAGACUGUAUUACUUAAUGUCAGCACUACCAGCGCUUUGCCAAAACUCAGUACGUGAGAGGGACCUGUUUCUAGAGUGUGUCCCAGUUACAUUAAAGGACAACUUCCACUAAUUCCCCAAUACAUCUGAGUAAUUCCCCCAAUACAGCCCUCUUCAAGCUGGGUGUCAUUUCCAGCUUUUGCCAGUCUGGCCCCAUCAGGGUACCACGUGUGUAUGAAUGCAGUGUGCUGCUGUUUUGGAGUAUGCUUGCUCCCUUACCCCUGUCUGGAACCCUGGUAGUCUGCUCUGAUACCUAAUGUCAGAUGCAAUGAGGACCCCACCAGAGCUCCCGGAUGACUCCUCAGAUCCAUGUGGCUUUCUGUGAGGGGACUGAAGGCAGACUUAACACGGCCCCUUGUAUCUUUCCUCUUGCCCUGCCCCCCUGGUUCCAGGUGGAGCCAGUAAGAUGAGUGUAUCCCUCUUGGGUGUUUUGUGUCGAGACCGGCUGAAAAGAGGAGACUCUGGUUGACCAUGUUGUGACAUGUUGACAGACUCGAGGACACAACCACCUCAGCCUGGUCAUGUGGCAUGCCUGUGGAUGUGUGUAACAGGAUUCUGAUUGUUAGAUUGUAAUGUUAUUCCUCUAUGGGAGAAAAAGUUAAUAUAAAGAAAAACAAAUAAAAAUCUAUUUAAAGCA